UGAACAAGUCGUCCUAAUUUUUCUUGACGUGGAGCUGUGUUUAGGCAUUACAGGGUUAAAACAGUGCACCAGAACUUCAACAGCAUGUCAGCAGUGACUUAAGUAUGUGCAGGCACCAAAAGAUGGGCUGCUAAUGUUAUGCCAUUAUUAUUAUUAUUAUUUGGUUUGAAUGCAUAUACACACUUGAAAGAAAGGAAAGCAAGGAGCAAGCUGGCAACUGCCACUGGAAAGGGCACAACGUAUAUGCCUACUCUUGAGGGAGGAGGAGACAAGACAGGAGGGGAAGAAGGAAAGAGAACAGAAAAAAAGCAAGAUGACACAUCUGUGACCAAAGUACAAACAAUAACAAAAAGGCAGAGUAUGGCUGGUAACUGGCAAGCCAUGCUAAUAAAACAAUGUUAGCAAUGGAAAAAAUAAUGUCCAAGGUCUCGUCGCUCAAAAAUUAAGAAAGAUUAGGUUCAAACGGAAAGCCAUGUUGGUUUCUUCUGGACUAUUGAAGAUGGGAGGCGUGUUGAACUUGUUCCUGUUGAGACACACUACCCCUUUGGUGCAUGUGUUCGAGUGUUGUACGUACACCACAGGCCAAGGAGAUGGUAGUCCCUCACCAGUGACGUGCACUGUGCAAUGGAGAUGGAGAUUCCAGUGGAGAAUUGAGGAUUUAGGAGGGGAGCAGUGAAAGAACGUACAGUAGCAGUGUUCAUCACUUGCCACGGUGUCUCGCUUGCCAUGGCAUUCUGCUGCUGAGCCCAAGGCCGUGGAUUUGAUCCCCGGCAGCGGUGGACGCAUUUCGAUAGAGAUGCUGACCAGAGUAAUGACGACAGAACACGCAUGUCAGAGCGCAUGCACGUGGAGGCCAGCUCUGCGGUCGACAGUUUUAACACUGCUUCACCAACUGCACCCUCCUGUCCUGCCCCAAUUAACGGGGACAUUGGGCUCUUCUCACCAAAGCGGGAGCCUGAGGAGAUCAUCUGUGCGGUUGACUGCUCGGACGGCUUUUUUCCAACCCAUAUUGACCCAAGUGAAGGUGAUGUUGGGCCCUACUCUCCCAAGUGUGAGCUGGAUGCGCUGGGCUGUGGAGCCGACGGCUCCUACGUCUCUUCACUGGUUGGCCCUUCUCGUAACGCCACGAUGACUGGACCGAAUUUGUCCGGUUUCGUGAACUGUUGGUGGGACCCAUCUGGGGCUAACAGGAACAUGCCCACGACAGGACAGUUUCCAGGUAAUGCCACGGGACUGGAUUCACCGGGUUCUCUGCGUUGCUGGUGGGAUCCAACCAUCAUCAACAAGAUGAAAAACAGCAAAAUCGCUCCCAAGCCUGUGCCAGUCUUCUGUUGUGAGAUGUGCGGUGAUUGCUUCUCGUCGGUAGACCACCUAAACAGGCACAGGUUGUCAACGCAUGCAGAGAAGCCCCAAGGCAAACAUCAGUGCGCCCUUUGCCCCUACUCUAGUAAUAGUAGGUAUGACGUGGACGCGCAUGAGCGUACUCACAAUGGCGUGAAGCCAUUCGUGUGCCACCUGUGCCAGAAAGGGUUCGUGCAGCGAUCCCAGCUGCACGUGCACCUGAAGAGCCACGCCGGCGAGAGGCCGCACGAGUGCCUGGAGUGCGGCAAACGCUUCGUGCUCUUCUCGCACCUCAACUACCACCGGAACAACGUGCAUGGCAAGGCCGAGAAGUCCCAUGUGUGCCCGCAGUGCGGCAGGGGCUUUGUCCGGCGCGCCGUGCUCGGCCGGCACAUGCUGUCGCAUGAGACUGAUAAGCCGCACGUCUGUUCGGUGUGCGGCAGGACGUUCUCUCGGCUGGACAACGCCAAGACGCACCUUCGGCGGAAGCACCCCGAGUCCGACGGAGACAUUUACACCACGCCCAUGGCGAACCUGUCGGAGGAAGCGGAAAGUUACGGCGCUAGCUUAAACAUGGGCGGACCUUCCGAGUUAUACGAAAGUCCGACGUCGUCGGGAACGUGCGGCGGCGCUGCCAUUGAUGGAGUCUCAGAAACGGCAGAUGCGAGCGGCUUACGAACACUAAGCGGGCCUUAGCCUAUUCGCCCUCAAGAAUGGUGUUAUAACGACAGAGACCGUGUGCAGAACAAGAAGGGCAGAUGUGGAACGCAACACUUGGAGCAAAUUUUCGAAAUUUGGUUGCCGACCAUGCUCAUUCAAGGUGGUGGAAAAAAGAGCGGAUGUUCAGUGCACGUAUACAGGGUCUUGAAUAUGCGUCUGAAAAGCAGUCCCUGGCUCAGACUUGUGUCGCCGCCUGCCGGCAGCAGCAAGAAGGUGCUGCUGCCGCGUAAGUGGCCGAUUUCAAUUGCCGGCUUUUCAGACGCCACUUUCCCCAUAGGCGAAAACAGUUUCUCAUUCUUCUCUUAAAAAACAGGCGACUAAUCGUGCCAUGUGCUACACUAAACGAAGUCGACAACAAAAUGCGAUCGUUCUGCAAAAUUUGACCAAGAACAGUGCAGCGGUGAGUGCAAAAUCUUUUUGAACAAGUGCAGCCAAAUAUUCAGGACCCUGCAUAUGCACGCUGGCGGACGUUCUUUUUUGUUUACUGAUGUGCGCGUGAGCCUUUAAGCGCCAGUCUACGUUUAUUUUUCAAGAGGCAGGAGGAGCGAUUAGGUAGCAGUGAAAUGGUGCAGAGACAUGUCACGGCACAGGGGGCUGUACGUUUCGUAGAUUUAUGCGCCGGUUGGACGCAAAGUGUUCGCAUCUUUUUUUAUCGUAUAAGAUGCAUUGUUGCAGUUGGCUGCUUUAAUGCAGUGGACAAACUAUUGGCCCCUGGAAGUGCCUUGUAAGGGAUGUCUAGUGUACAGAACCUUGUUGGCAGGAAGAGCAGACUAUACCAGGACUCUUCAUUUCUCUGUCCACCGCUUUGAUUGACGCUCAUUGGCGAGGAACUUAAAUACUUUAUCAAUCUGGCCUUUCGAAAAAAAAUCAGGCAGGUGCAGUUCGUCGCGAUUGCGUUAGCAUCCCUAGUUUUAUUUCUUCACUUUGCAUAGCGUAGCUGGAAGUCUUGACCUACGCAAGAAAGUAAAAGCCCCAUAUAGUGUUUCUGUAUGGUACCUUAGGAGUAACUCUGGCUCCAAACUGCUGGCAGCACCGUCGCAUAAUCGCGCCGUCACUUCUUCUGGCCUCACACAUGGCUUCCGAGAACGGUUGGUGCACGCAGCCCGAUCUUAGGGGGCUAUUUGACUCAGAUGUGAGGUGAUGCUAUUCCUGUCCACAUCGUCGUUACGUAUCGUGAGUCUUUCUCGUCCCCUCCUCAUGUGCAGCAUACAAUUUCGUAUAAUUACUAGAGGGAACUGUGGCACUAGUGUCUACGGAAGCUGCAAGCAGGACAGUUCAGCCAGCAUGGGAAUGUUGAGUAGUGCAUGGAUUUGCUGAAACUUCAUUGUUCCUGCUCAAAUGGCUUCAUGACUUUGCAAAAUGUCAAUUUAUAAGAAAGUACUGCAUUAUCAAUAAAUCCGGGGACGCCUAAGCACUUCUUAUGAGUUGUGAAUGCAAAAGCAUUAAAGGGACUGACAACCAAUUUUCAUCGUACCCAUUUUUUUUAGUGCAAUGGAAAGCUUACCGGUCAGAGUGUCUAUAAUGAAGUGCUAAUGUGCAAAGCGCCGUGGAACAUUUUUUAUCAGAAUUUUUUUUUAUCUGCAGUGAGGAUGUAGUUGUUCACUAGAAGCAUGCUGAAAACAGUGAUAGGUGAGCGCGAUAGCGAUUAUACGCCGGCAUUAGUAAGAGGCAUACAAGUGUGGCCGUGCUGUAACAAAGUAUAAUUUUAUUUAUCAAGCCGAUGUUCCUGCGAUUCGUGUUUUCCGAAUUGUUAAAUGACUUCUGCAAUAAUAGCUACGUGUUUUCGUGGUUUCCUGUCCAAUUGCUUUGGUACUUAACCAGUCAAAACAAAACCAAUCGGAUCGAAAACACGUCCUUACAUAUGUUGCGGAGUUCAGCGUAUUGCCUUAGCCACGCGUGUUUUUUAUUUCCGAAGCAUAGAAUAAUGCGCGAGGGCCUAAUAAUAUGCCGACUGAAAUUUUAAGCACUAAUUAUGAUGUAGUUAACAGUCGACUUGCGUACAGUAAUCUCGUGGAAUGCAUCCGAAGUGCUGGGAUUUCACCGCCAGGUCUCGUCAUUUAUUGGUUUUUGUGACUUCGCCAGUUUGAAAUGAUAAUUCCGAGGCGAAGUUGGAACGCAGACGAGAGCUUGCGUGGAUAGCCCAGGCUUGCGAGGGUGACGUGUCGUUGCGGCGAUGCUCUCUUCGCUCACGCAACACGUGGCGCGGCAGCACGUGUUCCCGUUCGCCCUGUCUGAUCCGUCGUGGCACGUGACGUGGCGUUGCGGCCAAUGGGAAUUUAGGUGCCGUUUCGCUGCUACAGACGCCGACUCUUUCGCUCAAUGGGCCAUUUGAUGCUCUUGCAUCAAUAAUAAAUAGACAUUAAAUUGUCCAAAGGCAGGAUUCGAACACAGGACCUCUAAGCACAGAAGCCCGAUAUUGAAUCCAUUACGCCACGGACGCAUGGACAAGCAGUAUCCCUGCAAUUAGCAGCGAUUAUGCGUUCUUGCAGAGUCCCAUUACCUUCUGCAUUAAAGAAGCGUAAAUUGCUUUGAAAUUCAAUUUAGGCCCAGUUAAAGCGUAAUAAACGAAGCCACAUCAACAUCUGAAGCCCCAAACACGAAGAUCAGACAAAUCCAUGUACUAUCUAUCAUUCCCGUGGUGGCGUAAUCGUCAUCUGUCUGGCUUGCGUUUUCUUUCUUAAAAACUCUGCGCUCGCUACUUUCCUGUCACAAAAAUUUGUCGCGUUGAUAAGGCGCAUGCCGUUCGUGACCUGCAAGUACCGGGCGCGCAGCGUAAAAGAAAGGAAAAUGCGUGCAAGAUACACAAUGACUGGGGAAAAUAUAAGCUCCAAAUAGUGCAAACUGUUUUAUAGUGUGCAGCAGGGCAGCGCAUACUGGCUCUGCCUUUCGUAUAAUAAAUUCCUUCCUGCGUCCUUGUACACUGUCGAAA